AUGGUGUACGCUGCCCCUGUCGGCAAAAUACCUGCAGACCUGAGGCUUACCCCUGAACAGGAGCAUGAAAGGCUGCUGUUUAUUACUCUUCCGCGAUUUACCAAGGAGGUUCAGGAAUUCGUGUUGACUAAGGUAGAUGGUCAGACUUCAAAAUUGUGUUACAUGCUGCGCUUGCCUAUCGUUCUCCGCGCACAUUUUUCUCAUUAA